UUGUCAGGUGAUCAGCUGACCGAACAGAUCGGAGCUAAACAAGACGAUAAGAAGGACAAUUUCAAUUUCAUUUUGCCAAGGAGGGAGACGUUCUUCGAUAAGCCUUCAAUUACAAGGACAUGUUCCAGGAGUAAUUUAGUUGUGAAACAUCUGCAUCAUGUCGGGGAACAACCUGGUUCUACCCAUAGUGCUAUGGGGCCGCACCGCUCCCACCCACUGCAUCAGCAGCCUGCUGGUGAUGGACAACUUCAGCACCAUCAUCACCGGCUGCCACGACGGACAGAUCUGCAUCUGGGACAUGACGCCUGAGCUGGAGAUUUGUCCCCGGGCCAUGCUGUUUGGUCACACAGCCUCCAUCACCUGUCUGGCUAAAGCCAGUGCAUGCAGUGACAAACAGUACAUCGUCAGCGCAUCAGAGAACGGAGAGAUGUGUCUAUGGGAUGUGAACGAUGGACGCUGUAUUGAGUUCACCAAGCUGGCCUGUGCUCACACUGGCAUACAGUUCUAUCAGUUCACCAUCAGCACUGAGAAAGAGGGACGUCUGCUUUGCAACGGCCACUACCCAGAAAUCCUUGUGGUGGACGCCACCAGCCUGGAGGUGCUGUACUCUCUGGUGUCCAAGAUCUCCCCCGACUGGAUCAGCUCCAUGAGCAUCAUCCGCUCCCACCGCACACAAGAGGACACGGUGGUGGCGGUGUCAGUGACGGGGAUUUUGAAGGUUUGGAUCAUCACAGCGGAGGUCAGCAAGAUCCAGGACCUGGACCCUGUGUUUGAAGAAGAGUCCAAACCCAUCUACUGUCAGGGCUGUCAGAGCAUCUCCUUCUGCACCUUCACUCAGAGCAGCCUGCUGGUCGUCUGCUCCAAGUACUGGAGGGUGUUCGAUGCCGUUGACUACUCGCUCCUCUGCUCAGUGUCCAGUGAGAACGACCAGGCCUGGACCGGAGGAGAGUUCAUCGCCGCGGACAGAGUCAUCAUCUGGACGGAGGACGGCUGCAGCUACAUCUACAAGCUGCCCGCCAGCUGUCUGCCUGCGAGUGAACAUUACCGCAGUGAUGUGGGGAAAACUAAAGAAGGCUCCAUCCCUCCGCUGGUCUACAGCAUCGCCGACCGCCUAGACAAACAGCUCCUGAUCUGUCCUCCGGUCACUCGGUUCUUCUUCGGCCGACGGGAGCCCUUCCACAAGCUGCUGAUCCAGGGGGACUCAGCGGGCCGACUGUCCCUGUGGAGCGUCCCCGACAACUCGCCUCUGCAGCCGCUGUCGACCGCCGCAGAGCUGCAGGUGUCGUCCACCAUCAGUCUCCAGGAGUCGUUUGAUAAGUUGUCCCCCGUGUCUUCAGGGAUCAUCGACCAGCUCAGCGCCCUGCCUGGACAAGACGCACCCAUCAAGGUGACGGCCAGCGUCUACAUCCCCUCUCAGGGCCGCCUGGUGUGCGGCAGAGAAGACGGCAGCAUCAUCCUGGUUCCUGCCACACAGACCGCCAUCGUCCAGCUGCUGCAGGGCGAGCACAUGCUGCGGAGAGGCUGGCCGCCCCACCGCACCCUGCGAGGACACCGGAACAAGGUGACGUGCGUCCUGUACCCGCACCAGAUCUCCCCUCGCUACGACCAGCGCUCCCUGGUGUCCGGAGGAGUGGACUUCUCCGUCAUCGUCUGGGACAUCUUCACCGGAGAGAUGAAGCACAUCUUCUGCGUCCACGGAGGAGAGAUCACGCAGCUCAUCGUCCCGCCGGAGAACUGCAGCACUCGGGUGCAGCACUGCGUCUGCUCGGUGGCCAGCGAUCACUCAGUGGGUCUGCUCAGUCUGAGGGAGAGGAAGUGCAUCAUGCUGGCGUCCAGACACCUCUUCCCCAUCCAGGUCAUCAAGUGGCGUCCGGCAGACGACUACCUGGUGGUGGGCUGCUCCGACGGCUCCGUCUACGUCUGGCAGAUGGACACAGGCGCGUUGGACCGCUGUGUGAUGGGGAUCACGGCGAUAGAGAUCCUGAGCGCCUGCGACGAGCUGGCCCCGGCCACCGUGGACGCUCUGAGCCACUCUGCGGUGAACCUGAAGCAGGCCAUGACCCGCCGCAGCCUGGCCGCGCUGAAGAACAUGGCCACGCACAAACUGCAGACGCUCGCCACCAACCUGCUGGCUGCAGACAACGCCGACAAGGGCAACCUGCCGAAAUACUCCCACAAUGCCCUGGUGGUGCAGGCGAUGAAGACCAACCUGACGGACCCCGACAUGCACGUGCUGUUCUUCGACGUGGAGGCGGUGAUCAUCCAGCUGCUGACGGAGGAGGCGCAGAGACCCAGCCCCAUCCUGGUGUCUCCAGAGACGCUGCAGAAGAGCCAGGCCGGGGCCGACAAGGGGGGGUCCUUCCUGGCCAACAAGAUCUUCAAACAGGUGAAGGAGACGAUGAAGGAGACCAUCAAGGAGCACCUGCUGGACGAAGACGAGGAGGAAGAGGAGGAGAUGAGGAGGCGGGAGGAGAAGUCCAAGUCUCUCAGCCUGCUGGAGUACAACCUGACGAUGGACACGGCCAAACUGUUCAUGUCCUGCCUGCACGCCUGGGGUCUGAACGAGAAGCUGGACGGCAUCUGCCUGGAGCGGCUGGGCAUGCUCAGACCGCACUGCCCCAUCUCCUUCGGCCUGAUCUCCAGAGGAGGUCACAUGUCCCUCAUGCUGCCCACCUUCAAGGAGUCCCUGCUGCGACAGUUGUCCCUGGCGACGGGUCUGAAGCUGACUCUGACGGACAUCGUGGGGAAGGGGACGUACGGCGUGUCGAGAGCCGUCACCACGCAGCACCUGCUGUCCGUCAUCUCUCUGGCCAACACUCUGAUGGGCAUGACCAACGCCACCUUUGUGGGAGAACACAUGAAGAAAGCCCCCGUCAGGCCUCCCAGACCAGGAGGAACCCCGGAGACUCCUCGCAGGACGCUGACCGCCCCCCCUCAGCCCUCCAACCCGGCGCUACAGGCCCAGAUCAAACAAGGUUGGAGCCAGCUAGCAGCCAUGCACUGUGUGAUGCUCCCUGACCUCCUUGGACUGGACAAGUUCAGACCUCCUCUGCUGGAGAUGUUGGCGAGAAGAUGGCAGGACCGCUGUCUGGAGGUGCGUGAAGCAGCUCAAGCUCUCUUACUGGCUGAGUUGAGGCGGAUUGGCCAAUCAGGACGUAAAGACACCAUUGACUUGUGGGCUCCAUACCUGCCUCAGUACGUGGACACUGUCAGCUCCCCUGGCUCCACCACUGAGCCCUCCCCUCCGGCUCCGCCUCCUCCCGAGGCUCAGCCAAUAGAAGCAAAGGUUCCUGAGGAGGAAAUGGACGUCACGGAUGACGACAUCAUAGCAGGCUGUCUCUCCAACCUUCCACCAAACGCCAAGAAGAUCUCCAACUCAUACGAAGAGCGGCGUAAACAAGCCACCGCCAUCGUGCUGCUGGGGGUCAUCGGGGCUGAGUUUGGCGCUGAGAUUGAACCUCCGAAGGCAGCGCGGGCUCGGACGGGGGGGCAGGCGCCUGAGGGCUUCGGACUGACCAGCGGAGGGUCCUCCAACUACUCUCUGGCCAGACACACAUGUUCAUCUCUUACAGUCUUAGUCCCCCCCCCCAGCCCCAAGCUGCCCCCCCACAGCACCAUCCGCCGCACCGCCAUCGAUCUGAUUGGCCGAGGCUUCACCGUGUGGGAGCCUUAUAUGGACGUGUCGGCGGUGCUCAUGGGGCUCCUGGAGCUCUGUGCUGACGCCGACAAGCAGCUGACCAAUGUCACCAUGGGGUUGCCUCUCAACCCUCCAGCAGAUUCGGCUCGCUCGUCCCGCCACGCCCUCUCUCUCAUCGCCACUGCCCGCCCACCGGCCUUCAUCACCACCAUCGCCAGAGAGGUUCAUCGCUUCAACGCAGCUCAGGCCAACUCUCAGUCGCAGCAGAACGUUCACACCACCACUCUGGCCCGAGCCAAGACUGAGAUACUGCGAGUCAUCGAGAUCCUGAUCGAGAAGAUGCCCGGAGACGUGGUGGAUCUGCUGGUCGAGGUGAUGGAUAUCAUCAUGUAUUGUAUUGAAGGCUCUCUGGUGAAGAAGAAAGGACUGCAGGAGUGUUUCCCUGCUAUUUGCAAGUUCUACAUGGUUGGUUACUGUGACCGCAGUCACCGCAUCGCUGUUGGAGCUCGCCAGGGAUCAGUGGCCCUCUACGAUGUUCGCACCGGAAAGUGCCAGAACAUCCACGGUCACAAAGGUCCCAUCACAUCAGUGUCGUUCGCCCCCGAUGGCCGUUACCUAGCAACGUACUCCAACGCUGACAGCCACAUCUCCUUCUGGCAGAUGAACACCAGUCUGCUGGGCAGCAUUGGGAUGUUGAACUCGGCCCCUCAGCUCCGCUGCAUUAAGACCUACCAGGUUCCUCCUGUGCAGCCGGCGUCUCCGGGGUCUCAGAACCACCUGAAGCUGGCCCGCCUCAUCUGGACCUCCAACCGCAACGUCAUCCUGAUGGCGCACGACGGCAAGGAGCACCGCUUCAUGGUCUGAAGUCUCAGAACCACAUCUGGAUCUCCAGCUGAGUCUGAAACGUGUCACUCGGCAGCCACUAGUUUUAGCUUCAGAUAUGUCACCUUAGAGAUCUAACAAAGGAAAGGUGAGCCUGACAGUAAAGAGUUUUUAUUGAGAUUCAGAAGUGUCUCGUAUAAAGAUCAGAAGGUCAUAAUUGGCGGGAAAGGUAAAAAGCCAGCUCAGGUUGGACUAAAUUAUUUUUUUGUUUUUAUCUCCUGUAGUGAACAUUGUGAAACUUGCUUUGUAAUUUAUUUAAAAGCCGUUAUAUAAGGCAUGUUUAUACUGUGAUAUGUAUUUUUAGUUGUUUACACCUUCCUGUCAUUCCUAUUUAUUGGCCGAACGUCACAGAUCUAUGUGGGUUCAGACCCUUGCUGUUUACUCGAUGUUAGCCAAUGACUCAGCGUUAUUUGGCUUCCCUGCUACCUUUUUAAUUCAGUACUCAAAAUGAUUCAAUCUUAAUUUUCUCUUCUUUAUAUUAAAGUUUGUUUGGGAGUCUGAAACAACUUACGUUGGAUUUCUUAAGUUGUCAUUGCUGGAAUUAAAAAAUGUAUUUUAAAAUAUUUCAAAGAAGUUCUCCACCGCUCUCUUUAAUGCUUUGCUAAUCGCCGACCUCUGUAAGGCAAGAACACACUCUGCACAUUUCAGCCUGUGUGUGUGUGUGUGUGUGUGUGUGUGUGUGUGUGUGUGUGUGUGUUCGGUGUUUGCUUUUACUUUUGUGACACCUCCGAUGCUUUUUCCAUCCUCUCUGAGCUUCAUGCAGACAUGUGUGUAUGUGUUUACACCCCAGAGUAUUUUCACAAGCACACAUUCUCACUUCAGACGGCUCGUCCUAAAAGCACCAUCACAGUUAACCUUAAGAUGGUGGAGGCGGAGGCAUUACUCACUGCAGAUAUAAACUUUUUUUUUUAAAAACAUAACGUUAAUUUGGUCACAUUUGGAGGGCAAAAUUGAAUGAUUUCAGACUCCUCCCGACUCCGUUUACAUCGUGAAUUUCCACAUAUUUGUUGUGAUGGUUUGCGUUGAUAAACACGGUCAGAAACAAACUUAUCCUACACUUUCUACAGCGACGUCACGGCACAUAUUUUCAUUGUAGCGCUCGGAUAAAAAAGCUGUUUGCAACGCUUUAUCUGGAAGGUGGCGUCAAGUGACAGCAUGCGCUGUGCUCGUAGAAAUCAAUUGAAAAAGGCGCUAUACGGACACUAUGUACGUUAUUAUGUCUACAUGUUGGUUCCAGUUCCCAAGUGAACCUUUUCUUGUCGUCUCUUUUCCCCAAAUGUUUGUUAGUCAUGCCCUCUGUCUCCCACCAUGUAAAAACUAUAAUGGUUCAUAUGUUUGAAGCCUUGUUUUACCCACCAUGGCUCGUGUGUUUCUUUGCAGAUGCAUGACAACGCUCUUAUUUACUGUAAAUGUGAAGACUGAUCCUUUUUAAACCUUCCUAUUUUUUUUCAAUCUGCUCUCAGUGUGUACUUGUACAGUCUGUGUAUAUUAUCACAGCUGCUGCUGGUCUCUUGUACAGCGUAGAUCCUGCUUGGUGUAUCUGUCGUGGCUAACGUGACGUCUGCCUGGCACUGACUAGUUCUUCAAAUCCGUAAAUCUAUUUUAAAAUGUCACAGUAUUAUAUUUACAUCUUUAGUUGUCUGAUGAAGAUCUUGGCUAUGAUUUUAUGGAGCAAGAAAGCUGCUUUGUUUACUAAAAUGUUGCUUAUAUUCCUUUUUAAAAACAGCAAGGCAUGACAUAGCUUGAUAUCCAGAGCUAGCUCUAUCUAUGGCUUCUUAUGAGGGAUGCUAACAGCCUUAUUGCAUCUUGCUUCAGUGAUGUGGAGAUGAUCCGUCACGUGUGUCAGUACACCGUGAAGUCACUGUUCGGUAUCAAUUAUUUGAACUCUGCUUUGGAGACACUUUUUUUUGGACUGUUUUAGUGCUAAGAGUUUUAUUCAGAAAGAGAUAUAUAUAUAUAAUAUAUAGAGAGAGAGAGAGAGAUAUAUAUAAACAGAUAUUCUGUCAGAAUCUGUCUCUUGGUAGCGGUUGACAUGUUUAAAUAACAAUAAUUUUACACUAAAUCCAAGUCUCCUUCUCCUCCUCCUCUCCUCGUCUCCAUCCUCCCUCGUCUCCUUCCUUCCUCGUCUCCGUCCUCCAUCUCCUGUCAGUUUCAUUAGUGCUGUCAGAAAGCUUCUAACACCGUUACCACCUGAAACCCGAGCGUGUCAAAGCUUUUCACAAGUCUCUCUUUAAAAAAAAACAUCCGGCAGACAGGUUUACACACACACACACACACACAAACACACACACCACACACACACACACACACACCACACUCCAGACAGCUUUGAGAUCUUAAUCUUUGGUUUUCUCCACCACUUAACAGUUUGAGAAAAUAUGUUUUUGUCCGCCUCUCUGGGGAUGAAAGGUGAGAAAAAUAGAGAAGGCAGGGAGGAAGAGUGGAGGAGUAAGUAACAAGUGAGGAACAUCAGGUCAUCCACCCAGAAAAAGGGUCUUCUUUGGUGAAGGUAGUGAACUGAAAGGUGUAGAAGGACCUUUCGGUUUCUCUUCAAAAGCUGCAACAUGGAUACAAAUAACAUAUGGCGCCCUUACGUUUCCAAACCCUCUAAAUACAUUUGUUUAGUCUUCACUGCGACAAAUGACGCUUUCAUCUGACUUUAAUAUAGACAUUAUAAAUAUGACAGCAGUUUUACACUAUUAAGCUCUAUUUUCUUUCUCAAUGUCUGUUUUGGAUUGAUUUGCAAAAAAGAAAAGUGUCUGCUUCCUUACUUUCCAAAUUCACAUUUUAAUUUCAUACUUCAUGGAAAUGGCGAUUAAUCUCAUGAAUUAUUAUCAUUUAUUGUUUACACGAUGAGCUCAAUGUAGAUAUUUAAGAGUGUGGUGUGCAAUGUAGUACAUGUUUAUGGCUUCCCUUGAUGUAGGUUGAAUCUACAUAGUAACGUGUUGUGUAAAAAUGUGUUGCUGUUGACUUUGUGUCCAAUAAAGAUGAAAAUGAGA